AUGACUUUUAAAAAAUUGGUUUGCUUCCGGAGACCAAACUUUUUGAAAAAGAAACACAUUCACCAGAAGCAUGCUGGACCUGGAGCAGGUUAUGGGGAUGUCCACAUGUCCAUUCUGGAGCAAGACGGUCAGAUCUGCGUCCACCCAAAACUGGAUCCUUGUGACGCGUCGGUCAUCAAGUAUGACACAUUAGUGCCCCCAGUCAAUUGUUCCGGAGCUGAGGAGAACUGGAUUUACGUGGAGAACGGAACCUUUAGGAUUUCUCGGAACGCCCGCCUAAAAUACGGCGCAAUAACCUGUGAGUACGCGCCCAUGCUCAGAGGCAGGGGAGACUUUGCUGUUCGCCACGGGGAGCACAUCAAACCAAUGGCUGACGGCACCCCUUUGGUGUCGGAUUUUUUCAAGGUAGCAUGCAUCUCUCCCUCCGGCAAGAGGUACCACAACAUUCACGCAGGCAUAGCGUACAACGAAACACUGCACCAGCGGUAUCAGGGCGCCCCACCCCGAGAUACGAUACAGCACCCAGUCUACGAUGUCUUUAUGUUUGGAUUUGACUCUACAUCGCGUAUGGCAUGGUUGAGGAACUUGCCAAAGUCUAGAGAAUAUUUUCUCUCACAUCUUGGAGGCAUUGAACUGGAGGGCUACAACAUUGUUGGGGACGGCACUGUUCAGGCUUUGCUUCCCAUAUUAACCGGAAACACGGAGCAUGACCUUCACCCUGCCAGGCGAGGGGUGCCCGGAUCUCGCGAGGUGGAUGAUUUCCCUUGGAUCUGGAACACGUACAAGGAAGCUGGCUACGUGACAGCCUGGGCUGAAGAUAUGUCCCACAUUGGGACCUUUCAGCUACGGCUCCAUGGUUUCAAAGAGCAGCCGACGGACCACUCCAUGAGAACAUAUUUCUUGCUGUCUGAGCCAAUGCACCGCAAGUUCCUCCCUUGGUGUAUCGGUUCCGAGGCCAGGCACCAGCGGUUCUUACAGUGGUUCAGGGACAUGUACUCGAUGUACGGGAGAAAACCCAAGUUCAUGUUCGGGUUCCACUCCGAGUUCAGCCACAACAACAUCACUGAACUAAAGAAGAUGGAUGUUGACUUUAAAAACUUUUUGAGGUUCUUGUAUGCCAAUGGACACCUGGACAACACCAUCCUUAUCCUAAUGGGGGACCAUGGUGCUAGGGUCUCGGAGCUCAGGAACACGACGCAAGGGAAACUGGAAGAAAGGAUGCCUUAUUUUGCCUUCAUGUUACCGUCCUCUUUCCAGCGCCUAUACCCUGAAGCUGUUCAAAACAUUAGGCAGAAUGUGAAAAGGCUGACCACCCCUUUCGACAUCCAUGAGACAUUCCACCAGAUACUAAACAUGACCGGACCGGCAGUGGACCACUCCAUGAAAAGGGGGAUCAGCCUUUUUCGGCCAGUGCCCACGUCCAGGACAUGCGCGGAGGCAGGGGUAGAGCCGCACUGGUGUGCGUGUCUUCAGUGGACUGACGUGCAAAACGUCUCCGUAUCCUUACGCCUGUCCCGCGUGGCGGAGGAGUUUAUAAACUCGCUGACCAAAGACUUGCGGUCUAGCUGCGCGGAGCUCAAGGUGACCCAGGUCACACAAGUCUCUCGCGUGCAGCCAAACGUCAACGUGAUGAGAUUCAAAAAGAGCCAGGACCUCCACGGCGACGUCCCCGACUUCUCCGACUCCACGGACCUCGAGUCCGAAUUCUACCAGAUCUCGUUUCAAACCGCCCCGGGCGCCGGCAGAUUCGAGGCCACGAUUAGACAUUCCAAGUCCACCAACAAGUGGACGCUUAGUGAGUCAGACAUUAGCCGGACUAACCUUUACGGGAGUGACCCAGACUGCAUCGCCAACACGUUUCCAAACCUGAGGCCUUACUGCUAUUGUAUAAAACAAACUUUAUGAACAAAUUUUUUUUUGGUUUUAUGUAUCAUUUAUAACUUAAUUACUUCAGAGACAAGCUGUUGUAUGUUUAUUUUUUGUUUUGUUUUGUUUUUCUAGUUGUAUCGAAUCGUUUCAUUCUAGUUUAUUUUGUUUGAAAGGCUUGUGCAAUAAAAUAUAUUCAUUUUGUAUUCACGAAAGAUUAGUUUUGAUAUGAGAUCAAAUAAAAAUGAACUAAACGAAUGUCGACGUUUAACCUCUUUAAAACAAUCAGUAGAUUGACUCAACUUAGUUUAGAAGCAAUAAAUCACACUAAUCCACAGCUCACAAAUGCAAAAACACAAAACCAAUUAAAAUACUCCAUUAAAAAUCAAUUUUGUUAAUCCGUAUGCAAGGUUAAAUCCAUAUCCAUUGUAUGUCGAAGAGUUUCAUUUGAGGGAAGAUGACACCCUCGUUAACCGUAGGCCACAGAAACAGAUGACCAUUACAUUAUCUGCCCUACAGACAACAAGGUCUGAAUGGGGAGCUUUACUUCAUUUGCGGAUAGAAAGGGUUGUUUGAAUCCGUCAGGAUAACUAUUAAUUACUUUUGGUAUCUAAUUAACAUGCACAACUAGUUUAUAAUAUGAAUAUGCCUAACUUUCUAUUUUAGGUACGUCUUAAAUGUAUAAGAUAAGUUAAAUAUUUGUGUAUCUCAUGUUAUGCUUAAUAUUCAUUUCAAUACACACCUAUUUCACAACUA